CUCAAACAUGGCUGCGCUGGAAGCUCUCUUCAAUUGGGCGCCGGGAGGAGGAGAUGCUCCACAAGUGAGAAAAUUCAGAAUGUGUUCAGCGUAACUCGUCGCUUUCUAUCUCCCUGCACCCUGUGCUGGGAAAAUGAAUCAUCCAUUUGGGAAUGAGGAAGCUGUUUCCCAGAAGCAACUUUUUGGAUUUUUCUGUGAGUGCCUGCGGAGGGGAGAAUGGGAGCUGGCACAGGCAUGUGUACCUCAGCUACACGAAGGACAAGGAGAUAUCCCAAAGAGGGUGGAAGACAUACUUCAGGCGCUGGUGGUGUGUCCAAAUCUGCUGAGAUGUGGGCAGAAUAUCAACCCUCAAAGAUUGGCCUGGGUCUGGCUUCUUGUUCUGGAAAAAUGGUUGGCCCAGGAAAAGAAGUUGCUUCCAGCUGUUUUCCGGAGAAAGCUUGAGUUUCUUUUAUUGUCAGAAGACCUACCAGAUGACAUUCCAGAGGACAUCCUCAAGGAGCUGUAUGAGACCUUAGCACAAGGCGCAGUAGGCCCUGUGCCUGACAGAACUCAGAGGCAGGAGAGCUGGACCCCUCGGCUCAGCUCCGAAGCUGUCUCUGUGCUCUGGGAUCUUCUGAGGCAGGCUCCUCAACCAGCACAGGCCCUGCUGGAGCUCCUGCUUGGCGAGGACGACAGCACUGGUCCCUGUCACUGGCCUCUGCAGAAGGCAUUAGUCGGCCUCAUUCGAAAGGCUCUGCGAACUUUGCAGGGCCCUGACUCUGGGCCCCCUGGAGUAGCCAACGCCAUCUACGGAGCCCUGCGGACUCUGCGUUGCCCUGCAGAGCCACUAGGGGUUGAGCUGCGUCUCCUGUGCGAAGAACUCCUGGAGGCCUGCAGGACUGAAGGGAGUCCCCUGCAGGAGGAGCGGCUGCUCGGCUGCCUGCUGCACAAGGCUGGCCGGGGCCUGGUGUCUCUGUAUGGCCAUACCUAUGCAGAGAAGGUCACAGAAAAGCCACCGAGGGCCACAAACUCAGGAAAAGUCUCACUGGAUCACCUAGAUCCUGAGCGGGCAAUGCUAGCCCUCUUCUCCAAUGCUGACCCAGCCCAGGCUUGGAAAGUAGCCUAUUUCUACUGCCUGAACAACAGCAAGCACUUCCUCGAGCAGAUCCUGGUAACAGCACUAACACUGUUGAAAGAGGAAGACUUCCCAAGUCUUGGCUGCCUACUAGAUAGAGAAUUCAGGCCUCUCAGUCGCCUGCUUGUGCUCCUGGGCUGGACACACUGCCAGAGCUUAGAGUCAGCUAAGAGCCUGCUCCAGACACUGCAUAGGACCCAGGACCAAGGCUGUGAUCAGCUCCUCAAGGAUGCCUGUGACGGGUUGUGGGCUCACCUAGAGGUCCUGGAGUGGUGCGUUCAGCACAGCAGCAACCCUAUACCAAAGAGAGAUCUCAUGUGUCAUUUACAUGGUGGAGACAGCCACUCAGUGCUCUACUCCCUCCAUCACCUUACAUACCUUCCAGCCCUCAGGGAGGAAGAUGUUCUCCAGCUCUUACAGAAGGUGCCAGCCAAGGACGUCCAACCAGAGCAUGAUUCAGCUGAUGCCCCAGUCCCUGAGCACCUGAGCCAGGGUCAGAACCUGACACUCUACCAGGGCUUCUGUGCCAUGAAGUAUGCUAUCUAUGCCCUCUGUGUUAACUCACACCAGCACUCCCAGUGCCAGGACUGCAAAGACGCCCCCUCUGAGGACCUGGCCUUGGCUGCGGAGCCAGCAAAUGACUCUCUCUCCUCCCAAGGUGCUUCAGAUCUCUUCUCAACCUACCUGGCCAGGUGUCAGCAGUAUCUGCGUAGUAUUCCUGACUCUUUGUGCCUGGAACUUCUGGAAAACAUCUUCUCUUUGCUUUUCAUCACUUCUGCUGAUCUUCACCCAGAGCCCCACCUGCCUGAGGACUAUGCUGAGGAUGAUGACAUUGAGGGGAAGGUCCCCAGGGGUUUGAGGUCCCCAUCAGAGAGCCCUCAGCACAUAGCACAGCCUGAGAGGAAAUCAGAACGGGGUUCCCUGGGAGUCUCCAAGAGCCUUGCUUAUACAAUGCCAAGCUGUCUAAAGGCAGAACCAAAAGACAGUUACCCAGGGCCUCAUGGGCCCAGCUUUUUGGACCUAAAGCACUUUACUGCUGGUAUCAGUGGAUUCCUGGCUGAUGAAUUUGCAAUAGGGGCCUUCCUCAGGCUUCUCCAAGAGCAGCUGGAUGAGAUCAACAGCCACAGCCCCCCUGAGAAGCCAAAGCUGCUAGAAAGUCAGAGCUGCUCAGGAAGUAGAGAUGGGCUGCACAGCCGCCUGCACCGGUUUUCUAAGGUUCUCUCUGAGGCCCAGUGGAGAUACAAGGUGGUAACAAGCAAUCAAGGCUCAGAGGAGCAACCUUCCCGAAGAUACCAGCCUGUUGCCACACGGCACCCCAGUCUCCGCAGGGGUCGUCGGGCAAGAAGGAGCCGAGCAGAUGGCCGGGAAAGAGCGUCCAACCCAUCUCUGGAAAGUACAAGUAGUGAGCUGAGCACAAGCACUUCAGAGGGAAGUCUGAGCGCUGUGUCUGGACGGAAUGAGCUGGAUGCCCAUUUGCAGCCCCAACCUCAGAGUUCAGUCAUCCCCAUGAUGUUCUCCCCACCUGAGUCACUGCUGGCAUCCUGUAUCCUCCGGGGGAACUUUGCAGAAGCCCAUCAGGUCAUGUUCACAUUUGACCUGAAGUCUUCACCCAGCUCUGGGGAACUGAUGUUCAUGGAGCGCUACCAGGAGGUGAUCCAGGAGCUGGCCCGAGUAGAGCACAAGAUUGAAAACCAGAACUCAGACGGGGGUGGCAACACCAUUCGGAGAACUGGCAGUGGCCGCUCAACUCUACAGGCCAUUGGCAGUGCUGCAGCAGCAGGGAUGGUAUUUUACUCCAUCUCUGAUGUGACCGACAAGCUACUCAGCACCUCUGGAGACCCCAUCCCCACGCUCCAGGAGGACUUUUGGAUAAGUAGUACCCUGAUGGAGCCCACUGCUCCCCUGAGAGAGGUUCUGGAAGACCUUAGUCCCCCUGCCAUGGCUGCAUUUGACCUAGCUUGCUCUCAGUGCCAGCUCUGGAAAACCUGCAAGCAGCUCUUGGAAACAGCUGAGCGGCAUCUGAACAUUAGCCUUGAAAGCCGGGGUCGACGGCUAGACCACGUGCUCCUCAAUGCUGAUGGCAUUCGAGGUUUUCCAGUUGUUCUUCAGCAAAUCAGUAAGAUUCUCAAUUAUCCACCUAUGUCAGCUGGACAAACUAAAUCAGAAAAUGUAGAAGAAAAGGGAGGAGUCCCUCCACGCUGCAGCAUCACUGAGCUGCUUCAGAUGUGCUGGCCCAGCCUAACUGAGGACUGUGUUGCCAGCCAUGCCACCCUCUCCCAGCAGCUGGAUCAGGUCCUUCAGUCUCUCAGAGAGGCACUAGAGCUGCCAGAGCCCAGGAAUACUCCACUCUCUUCCCUAGUGGAGCAGGCAGCCCAGAAAGCCCUGGAGGCAGAAGCCCACCCUGUGCACAUUCAGACUCAGCUCCUCCAGAAGAACCUGGGCAAACAGACCCCAGCAGGCAGCAGACAGACUGACUAUGUGGGCACCUUCUUCAGUUACUGCACGACGCUUGCUGCACUUCUCCUUCGGAGUUUGAGCUCUGAGCCUGAUCAUAUGGAGGUCAAGGUAGGAAAUCCCUUUGUUCUCCUGCAAGAGAGCUCUUCCCAACUGGUGUCACAUCUCCUGCUUGAGAGACAAGUUCCCCCAGACAGGCUGGCAGCCCUUCUGGCCCGAGAAGGUCUCAACCUAAGUGUGCCACAGGUCAUCGUCAACUGCUGCUGUGAGCCCCUUGCACUUUGCUCUUCCCAGCAGAGCCAGCAGACAUCAUCCCUUCUGACUCACCUUGGCAUCCUGGCCCAGCAACAUACCUCCCACUGCCUGGAUGACCUCCCACUUUCUACACUAAGCUCCCCACAGCCAGCCAAGAAUCCCACAUUGGAGAGAAAACCCCAGCCCUCCCCAAGGGAUUCAUUACCACCAGCUCUCACCUCCUCUGCCUUGGCCUUCCUUAAGUCCCGCUCAAAGCUACUGGCUACGGUGGCCUGCCUGGGGGCCUCCCCAGCUUUAAAGAUCACCAAGCCCAGCUUAUCAUGGAAGGAGUUUCGUGGCCGCAGGGAAGUGCCUCUGACUGCAGAGCAGGUAGCGCGGGAGUGUGAGCGCCUUCUGGAACAAUUCCCUAUGCUUGAGGCCUCUCUCCAGGCUGCCUGGGAGCCACUACGAGGGUCCUCUGAGCAGGUGCAGAGUCUGGCAGCAAGUCUCUGUGGUCAGGACAGUCUUUCUACUGUCCUCCUUGGCCUGCAUUCUCCGAUUGCCCUGGAUGUGCUGACCAAGGCCUUUGAGGAAUCCCUGGUGGCCAGAGACUGGCCCCGGGCCCUUCAGCUCAUUGAAGUGUACGGGCGAGAUAUGGACGAUUUGAGCAGCAUAAAGGAUGCAGUCCUGAGCUGUGCUGUGGCAUGUGACAAAGAAGGUUGGCAAUACCUGUUUCCAGUGAAGGAUGCAUCUUUGAGAAGUCAGCUGGCCCUACGGUUUGUGGACAGGUGGCCCCUGGAGUCAUGCCUGGAGAUCCUGGCCUACUGCAUUUCAGACACAAGUGUCCAGGAAGGACUAAAGUGUGAGCUGAAGAAGAAGCUGGCAGAGCUGCGGGUGUAUCAGAAGAUUCUGGGUUUGCAGGAUCCCCCAGUGUGGUGUGACUGGCAGACCCUGAGGAGCUGCUGUGUUGAGGACCCAUCAACUGUCAUGAACAUGAUUCUAGAAGCACAGGAGUAUAGGCUGUGUGAGGAAUGGGGCUGUCUAUACCCUAUUCCAAGAGAACAUUUGAUCAGCCUACAUGGAAAGCAUCUUCUCUACCUUCUGGAAAGAAGAGAUCAUGAAAAAGCUCUGCAACUCCUGCAAAGAAUCCCUGACCCCACCAUGUGCCUUGAAGUCACAGAGCAAUCCCUCGACCAGCACCCUAGUUUGGCCACUUCUCAUUUCUUGGCCAACUACCUCACCACCCACUUCUAUGGAGAACUGAAUGCUGCCCGACACCGUGAAAUCCAGGCGCUGUACGUGGGAUCCAAGGUUCUGUUGACCCUGCCUGAGCAGCACCGGGCCAGCUAUUCCCACUUGUCCUGUAACCCCCUGCUCAUGCUGGAGCAGCUGCUAAUGAACAUGAAAGUAGAUUGGGCCACUGUGGCUGUGCAGACUCUGCACCAGCUGCUGGUCGGGCAGGAGAUUGGCUUCACUGUGGAUGAGGUUGACUCACUGCUUUCCAGAUACGCCGGGAAAGCCCUGGACUUCCCAUGUCCUCUGAGGGAGAAACGAUCAGAUUCUGUGAUUCACCUCCAGGAAGUUGUGCAUCAGGCUUCAGACCCUGAGACCCUGUCCAGAUCACCAUCAGCAGAGUUCUCUCCUGCUGCUGCUCCUGGUGUCUCUGUUGUACAUUCCCCCAGUCCGAGGAAGAGGUGUUUCCCACAGAGUCAGCCCCCACUGGAAUUCGUGCCCCCCAUGACACCCCCUGCCAGGCACCAGUGGGUACCAGAUGAGACUGAGAGCAUCUGCAUGGUCUGCCGCAGGGAGCACUUCACCAUGUUUAAUAGGCGUCAUCACUGUCGCCGCUGUGGUCGACUGGUUUGCAGUUCCUGCUCCACUAAGAAAAUGGUGGUGGAAGGCUGCAGAGAAAACCCUACUCGCGUGUGUGACCAGUGCUAUAGUUACUACAACAAAGAUGUACCAGAGGAGGAUUUAGUACAACCAGAAGUACCAGACAGCUCCAAGAGUGAAAGCCCUCCAUACUCAGCUGUGGUGAGAGUCCCCAAAGCAGAUGAGGUGGAAUGGAUUUUGGAUCUGAAGGAGGAGGAAAAUGAGCUGGUGCGAAGUGAAUUUUACUAUGAGCAGGCCCCCAGCGCCUCCUUAUGCAUUGCCAUCCUGAACCUGCACCGGGACAGCAUUGCCUGUGGUCACCAGCUGAUUGACCACUGCUGCAGACUGUCCAAGGGCCUCACCAACCCAGAGGUGGAUGCAGGGCUGCUCAUAGGCAUCAUGAAGCAGUUGCUCUUUAGCGCCAAGAUGAUGUUCGUCAAGGCCGGCCGGAACCAGGACUUGGCUCUUUGUGACAGCUACAUCAGCAAGGUAGAUGUACUGAAUAUUUUGGUUAUGGCUGCCUAUCGCCACGUGCCAUCUCUGGAUCAGAUCUUGCAACCAGCUGCAGUAACCAGGCUCCGGAACCAGCUUUUGGAAGCUGAGUACUAUCAACUGGGCGUUGAGGUCUCCACAAAGACUGGGCUUGAUACCACUGGGGCGUGGCAUGCUUGGGGCAUGGCCUGUCUCAAAGCUGGGAACCUCACUGUUGCACGGGAGAAGUUUAGUCGCUGCCUGAAGCCCCCAUUUGACCUCAAUCAACUGAGUCAUGGCUCAAGGCUGGUACAGGAUGUGGUUGAGUACCUGGAGUCUACCGUGAGGCCGCUCAUAUCCUUGCAAGAUGAUGACUACUUUGCCACCUUGAGGGAACUGGAAGCCACCCUGCGGACCCACAGCCUCUCUCUGGAGGUGAUUCCUGAGGGGAAGAUCAUGAACAACACCUACUACCAAGAAUGCCUCUUCUACCUGCACAACUAUAGCACCAACCUGGCCAUCAUCACCUUCUACAUGAGGCACAGCUGCCUGAGGGAAGCCCUGCUGCACCUGCUCAACAAGGAGAGUCCUCCAGAAGUCUUCAUAGAAGGCAUAUUUCAGCCAAGCUACAAAAGUGGGAAGCUACACAUUUUGGAAAACUUGCUAGAAUCCAUUGAUCCAACCUUGGAGAGCUGGGGAAAGUACUUGAUUGCUGCCUGCCAACAUUUGCAAAAGAAGAACUACUACCACAUUCUGUAUGAACUGCAGCAGUUUAUGAAGGACCAAGUCCGGGCCGCCAUGACCUGUAUUCGCUUCUUCAGUCACAAAGCAAAGUCAUAUACGGAACUGGGAGAGAAGCUAUCAUGGCUACUUAAGGCCAAGGACCACCUGAAGAUCUACCUCCAAGAAGCAUCCCGCAGCUCUGGAAGGAAGAAAACAACCUUUUUCCGAAAGAAGAUGACUGCAGCUGAUGUGUCAAGGCACAUGAAUACGCUGCAGCUGCAGAUGGAAGUGACCAGGUUCUUGCAUCGGUGCGAAAGUGCUGGGACCUCUCAAAUCACCACUUCACCUCUGCCAACCCUAUUUGGAAAUAACCACAUGAAAAUGGAUGUUGCCUGCAAGGUCAUGCUGGGAGGGAAAAAUGUAGAAGAUGGUUUUGGAAUUGCAUUCCGUGUUCUGCAGGACUUCCAACUGGAUGCUGCUGCAACCUACUGCAGAGCUGCCCGGCAGCUGGUGGAGAAGGAGAAAUACAGUGAGAUUCGACAACUUCUCAAGUGUGUCAGUGAGUCGGGCAUGGCAGCCAGAAGUGAUGGGGACACCAUCCUCCUUGACUGCCUGGAGGCAUUCAGGAGAAUUCCACCCCAGGAGCUGGAGGGCCUGAUCCAGGCAAUACACAGUGAUGACAACAAGGUUCGGGCCUACCUGACAUGUUGCAAGCUGCGUUCUGCCUACCUGAUUGCUGUGAAGCAAGAACACUCACGGGCCACAGCCCUCAUCCAGCAGGUGCAGCAGGCUGCCAAGAGCAGUGGGGACGCAGUAGUGCAAGACAUCUGUGCCCAGUGGCUUCUGACAAGCCACCCCCGGGGUGCCCACAGCUCAGGCUCCAGGAAGUGACCCUGGGCAGCAGGGCCAGGAAAACGUGGCCUGAGAACUGUGACAAUGGGAGUGAUGGUGAUGCCUUCCACCUCUGUCCUGGUGGAGUGGGACUUCUCUGGCCCUGCCCUGGGUCAGAAAGAGCUGGAUUGGAACCUACUUGCCCUCUCUGGCAAGGAUAGGAUCUUUCACACAAGUGCCAUGUUUCUGCAACAUUGUGGAAUCUGUGGGUUUGUCUGGAGAUGGCCAGUUCUUUCUACCUCAGUGAGAGAGUGAGUGCGUGCACACACAUGCACACAUCUGUGCAUGCCCCUGUGCACUCAUGUUUACACCCAAAGCAUUCUGAACAAAUGAAAUUCUCCUCCAUUGAAGAGGCACUUUACUUUAGACUUUUGCCAGUCUGAAAACCUUCCCUGCGUUUUGGUUCUUAACCCGGGUCAUCCUGUUUGUACACAGACCCCUCCUUGUGGAGAUGCUUUAGUAGUUCCUCUUAACUAGAGGGGUUUUACGGAGAAUUAUAGAGCAACACCAAAAGGAUUGCCUCUUUUCCUUCCUUCCCUUUCCAAAAUUCCAAGGUGGCUCUGGGGCAAGUGCUACCUGUGGAAUAAAACUUUUCCAGGUGUCUCCUGUCAUAAGCACAAGGAGUUAAAGUGAGUCUUUGCAAGGUAGUCUGAAUGGAAGGAUUUUCAGGUGCUGCCAUUGGAAGCUGUGGGUGCAUAUACAAGGAGUCAAGUCUGGGAGGCUGAUAACAUGAGCAGGAGGGUCCCCAUCACAUUCAUCCGGAGGGGAGAAAAAGGCAAACCUAUCCAAACGGAUGCAGGGGCGUUGUUCACAAGCAUAGAGCUGGCUCUUAUGGAUAUCCCUGCUGCAAAGUUGAUGCAUGAGAGAACAUGACUCCCUCUGAGAAUCUGAGGAGAGAAAUGGUACUCAGGAUUUUAGGAGUGAAUGGCUAGACUUUAUCCGAGUUACAGUCCUGUUUGUGGCCCUUGAACUGGGUAGGAAACUACUUCCUCUUCUCUCCUGCUUCCCUUCAGUCUCUUCAGGACCACAGGGUGGAUAUGCAGGCACCAGGGCCAUCGAGAAGGCAGUGUGCUUCUUAUCUGUGUCUUAUCAGAGGGAGUCAAGGGUUCGCUUUGGAGUUGGGCCUUGGACAAGAGUCAGACCGAGGGGACAAUGAAUAAGUUACGUCCAGUUGGUGGAAAACUAGGUGUACUGCUGCUUUAAUAUGCACUGGCUUUUCUUCCCACCCAAGAUGUGACGAUGUUUGAGAAAGGGUUUGUCAUACUCAGUGACUAGGAUUUGCAAAUGAGGGGCCUAAAGAAAAGCUCUUCAGCUCUCAGCCUCCCACCAGCCAGAGCUCACCUCUGAUGCUGAGACAAACAGGAACUGGAAGCUGAAGUCUGUGUCUCUGGUGCUUAGAAACCCUGUGGAUUUCCCCCUGAACCAGGUGUUUUAUAGUAAAAUGAACAACUAUUAUGGACAUCUGUCAGACUAAAAUUUUGGUCUUGUUAGAGAGGAGAAAGACUGUAAGGAAAAUGUUAGGUCCCUUUGGGGUGAAGUUUGACAAGUGGCUUUUCUUUCCUCGAGUCAUAGAAAGCUUUCAUCUCCCAGGGGACAUCAUUCCCUGGUAUCUGCUUGCCCUUUUGAGUCUGCUCUUUUUGCACUGAACCUAAGCACUUUAUACGAAUGGGUCACAAAUCUUGCAGCCCUUAAUUUGGGAUGUCAAGACCAGAUUUUCCUGACUUUUUCCUAUAAUUAGUUGAACUAUAAAAUAGGCAACCUUUGAUUAGACUGACAUAAGAUGAGGCUCAAGGCCCAUGAGCAUCAUGCUGUAGUCUCCAGCAAAAACAAAUGGACGUGUUGAGAGGCUGGUGUUUUACUACAAGCAAGUCACAAUAAAAGUGUUUCUCCAACGA